AUGAAGAACACACGAUCCUCACAGUUAUUCUCAGACGCUGUUCUCAAGGUAUUUCACUGCCGAGCUCCCCUUUCUGAGGGAAUCAGGUUGAUAUCGCGAGAGAGAAGCCCCAUGUGGCUGACAACGUCCCAGAGCCUAAAAGCGGGAAGUCUUUUGUGGUUAACCAAGAACUCAGACAAGACUCAACAUAAGAGACGUCGGCGACAACGCCGUGGUAUCUUGGAUCGCCAGACCCGUGUUUCCAAUCCAGUCAGAGGAAGAGGACACAUGCUAAGUCCAUGCCAUAGGCUAGUGGACGAACAAGUUGAGGCCGCUCGAAAUAGACGGUUCGAGAGCCACAUCUCUCUCUCUCUGACCACUCUCUGGCUUAAACCUCAGUUCUUCGCAGACCGAAAAUUCAGGUUUCCCAAGGACUGGUCAAAUUCUCAGCUAGGACGACAAAACACUUAUGCCAUCUCACCGCCCCUCCUCAUGCUCUCCGCGAUAUACGCACAUAUCUCGUGUAACAAUCUCAACACUUUUCAAUCGGCACCAUUUCAGCAGAUAUACAGCCCCCAACUUGUCCCCUCUUUCUCGUUUGGAAGUCACCGACCCUGCGUGAAUGGCCCGAUACCAAACGAAACACAAGAACAACAACAGUUCGGAUCUCAUAAGUGCAGUACCGAAGACAUCAACAACAUUCAGCGUCCCACCAGCCAUCCGCUGAUCCCGAGAUAUCAAGUACCACACACAGAAAACCAAACGCGCAAGGCACCUGCUUCCACUGACCCUACUACCUCAGUCAAAAUCGCAAAUUCAUCCAGUAAGAAGGGGACUGUCCACCAUCACCAGGAAAUACCCGGGAUCAAGCCCCAAUGCCAGCCUCUAUCGGCUGGUACUUGGCGUCUACGUACUCGUCUACCCGCCAACAACAGCACGGAUGGCGAUGAAGCUGCUGGUAUAUACGUUCCGGUCUCAAACAUGAAUUCGGGAGAGGGAUCUCGGAACGCGGCGGCAGACCAUUCUCGACAACCGUUGUCGGGCAAAAAGGCUGCACGGAAGAAAGUUGACUUUUGUCAGGACAUCUUCCCGACCACUUUAAACAUCGCCAAAAUGGAUCACGUCUCCUGUAUCAGAAUGUUGAUGAAAUCCUACGAACUCUCCCGCUAG